GAAUAAACAGCUUAGCCGCCAACACGAUAGAGGAUAUCCUGAAGAAACCUUUGCACAAAUUGCAUGAAACUACGCUAACUCUGAUCACAAAAUGUCUCGUCUUCCUCUAUGGCAUCCUGAUCAUAGGACUGGCUUAUGGAGCAAGCUCAUUGCAAGGAUCGGUAUCACAGAUGGUUGCAUCCAUCACAGGUCCCUGGGCAGGAACCGUGUUGGGAAUAUUUCUGUUAGGGGCAAUAGUUCCGUGGGCAAACAAAUAUGGGGCCAUAUGUGGUGGAGUUAUUGCUCUUCUUUUUAGCAUGUGGAUAGCAAUAGGAAAUCAAAUGUAUGGAGGAAAGGCAGCAACGGUAUCACCACCGCCUACUGACAUGUGCUUUCAGAACAGUUCUCUGGGACAGUUCACAGUUGAUGGUAUGCUACAGACCAAUUUCUACAAUAUAACAUUUUUUCACUCAGAUUUGGGAAAUAAGUCAGUUAUCGGUCAUAGCAGCCAAAAGCGGCAACAGUCUACAGAGAGAUUUUUUCCUUACGACAUUUCUAACGAAUGGUUCGCCCUUAUUGGCUGCACCAUCACACUAGUAGUGGGUACUGUUAUCAGUUUCUUCACUCGGAAAUGUGCUUUGUCCGUGACAGACCAGAAAUAUCUGUUCCCAUUUAUUCGGAUAUCGUCGGCUUCCAAAACGCCGGACACAAAAUGUGAAGCAAAUCAUGAAGGCGGAAACGAAAUGGCCCACUUAAUGUCGCCUGCCAUUAAAAGCAAGAUUCUCAUUUAA